CGGAAAUUUGCGUGCGAUAUUUAUCAGCAGUAUUUUGCGAUUAUUUUUAGAAAAUUUACCGAAGACCGUUCUUUUUUAUAAAAACUUUACAACAGUUGACAUGGAUGACGCAAAAAGAUCUGAGAACGUUCACGUUAACAGUCGGAUACCCCGACCAUCAAGAGGAAGGGUACCACCCUACCUUGUAUCAGCUCCAGUAACCCGUCGAGCUGGAAGCAAGAGGAGACUCCAGGAGCCAGCGUGUCCCAUAAAUGCAAAGGACCCGAAAAUUGUGGAAAAAAUAAACGACUGGCUGUCGGGUUUAAGGAGAAAAGUAGACGAAGAGCAAAAAACGAGUUCCUCUGGUGAAAUGUCCCCGACACACUCCGAGGGCUCACAAGUUUAUGCUGACAGGGUUUCGUGCCUAGACCAACAAAACGACAAAUACAAACGACGAAUCAAAAGUCACAGCAAGUCAAAAAACGCCCGACGACGCCAGCAAAACAAUGUAUAUCAAAACACUGAGUGUAGCUCACCGAACACUACAAAUAGCCCCGCAAUCGGUAGCUAUAGUCAGCCAAGUCUUGGUUAUAACGACCAAUACGUGGACAAAAAUGAUCAAGGUUACAAUUUCAAUGACCAAGGUACUAGCCUUUUCGUGUUUAGUGCAAGCUACCAGAAUCCAAAUAGUGCUUGUAACGAAUCACAGGGAAGUAACACCACUGAGCUUAACAAGGAACGAGACACCCCGGAACCUAUUGAUCUUGUUGCUUCGAAGACGUACAUGUAUGUUUUGUCUGACCACGAGGAAUCAUCACCAAAGAAAAGAAAGAAACGAUCGAAGAAGAAGAAGAGGAAGGAAGAGUGUUGUCAUAGAAACAAGAAAGGAAACAACAAACAUUCAUCAGAAGAGAAAAAAUCGGGCGUUUUCUACAGCGAGCCAAACAGUCAACCGGAAACUGGCGCAGAGAUCGCUGAGCCGCUUUGCCCUGUAGCCACGAAGACAUACAUGUCCGUUUUUUCUGACCAUGAGAAAAUUCGAAAGAGAAGGAGAAAACGUUCGAAUAAAAAGAGGAAAGCGAUACGCAGCCUUGGUAGACAGGAAGUGACGUCACAGGACAACGACCUAGCUCGUGCUGCUAGGGAGAGGUUACGACUGGCCGAAAUAAAUGUCCUUUGCUACCGACUCGGUGAGCUCACAUUGGACAGCUGCCAACCGGACAGAACUACCGGAGUAAAACGUAAACAUGAACCUGUUCCUCGUGGGGACAUGCCCAGGUGUGAUGUUGAUAGCCUCGAUGUGAAAAUCAGAAAACUAAGCAUCGGUUAAAUUUUUGAUACAGACCGAGGAAAAAUAAACCGAGUAACGGUCAUGGAUAGCCUCGAUUGGAAUAUCAGCCAUCUUAUCAUCGAAUCAGACAGCCCGGGAAACAUUAACUGAACUAGGGGCAUGCAACACAAAAGCAUGUUUGAUAACCUUGACGUGAAUAUCAGAAAGCGAUUACAUGUUACUUUACAUGUUUACAUUCCAAUAUAAUUGUUUUUCUUCGGUGAUGUUCUUAUCUUAAUAUGAAUAUCAGAAAUGUAUUGAAUGUGGCUUUACAUGUCUACAUUCAAAAAGACGUUAUUUUCAUCUUAGAUAUUUACAGACGUCAACAAUCCGGUAUGCUUUUACGUCUCCGAUAUCUACAAUAUCUAUAUACUUAUAAGUUUUGUAGUCGUUUACCAAUGUGCGAUUUCUCGAUCUACUCAUGUUUUAUAUUUAACGUUAGUUUCAGUAUUUUGUUAUUUUUUGAUGUAUUGAUUCAAUAUUGAAUACCUGCCUUCCUCGUAUUUAAUUCAUCAACAAAGAAUUACAUCUGUAUCUAUAGUAUA